CUGUCCAGCUUGAUGAUCUGGUGCCUGCUACUCAGCCUGAUGGCCUGAUGGCCCGAUCCAGCCUGAUGGCCCGAUGGCCCGAUCCAGCCUGAUGACCCGAUGCAGCUUGAUGAUCUGAUGACUCGGUGCCUGCUGUCGUUCCAGAUGACUCGGCGCCCGCUGUCAUGCCAGAUGACUCGGUGCCCGCUGUUCUGCCAGAUGACUCGGUGCCCGCUGUCGUGCCAGAUGACUCAGUGCCCGCUGUCGUGCCAGAUGACUCGGUGCCCGCUGUCGAGCUUGGUGACUCGGUGCCCGCUGUUCUGCCAGAUGACUCGGUGCCUGCUGUCGUGCCAGAUGACUCGGUGCCCGCUGUCGUGCCAGAUGACUCGGUGCCCGCUGUCGUGCCAGAUG